AUGGCCAAUUUCAUGACUUCCUUAGGAUGUGUGGAUAAUUAUGAGAUGUUAGUAAACCUUACAGCAUUAGCUAUUUUAGUCAUUACUUUGACUGCAAAUGUCAGCAUUCAUAUCUUCAUGAUGCGUGGAUUUUCCGUUGUUGACACUAUCAUGGCGGAGGAAAUCAUUUCAGUUGUACUCAUGCUUUUUCUGCUUGGGACUCUGUGUUCUUUCUCUUUGAUGGUGCCUAGUGCUAAGAGAUAUUUGGAGGCAGAGUACAAACAGAUGGAGAAGAUCGUUUCGAGUAAGCCUAUUGAGUGGGGGGAUUACACCAUUGACGAGCUUAGAAUUGUGGUGAAGAGGUAUUGGGUGAUGUCGGAGACAGGCUCCCUCCAGUUUGUGUUGGCCAGAACAUCCAUCUCCGUCACUGCAAGCUUGGUAUGCUCUUUGUUGGUUCUCACUCUGAUUGAGGCCCAUAUUCGCCUCCAUUUGAUUCACAAUGAUCCAGGCUGGACCUACACCAACUACGCGUGGUCCAUGAACUGGAUAUUGUACACCCAAUGUGUAGGAGCAGCGUUUGGUGCUGUUGCUCCUAUGUUCAGAUGGAUGUUUGCUGCGCAUUUCAAGCUCUCAGCGUUGGGGGAGAAGAGGGCAAGGGAUGAGCUUUAUGUUGAGACCUAUUGGAUUUCAAGGUUGGUGGAAUGGAGAGAGUCGUCUCUUCCUUUACAUAUUCACAGCUCUAAGUGCAGGAAACUCGUUCAUGAUGCAAAGGGAUUACUUCUGAAUAUCUGUAUCCGGAUUCAGAUUUUGUUUGUUUUAGCCAGCAAAGUGAUCCUACUAACUUCUUGUAAAUUUGGAACUGCAGUCCUUGUGUGUUUCUACCGUUUGAGUCAUUUGAGCCGAGCACCAAACGAUAUGGAAGGGUGCUGCGAGUCAAGGGCCGGAUCAGAACUGGAUUUCAGCCGUUAUGUUCUGCUGCUUGAAGGCGAGGCGGAGCUGCCUAAGAAGGUCUUGAACAACCUAUUGAAUGAGCUUGAUGUACUGAUUGAAACAGGUGAGAAACAAAAGCCCAAGAACCUAAUAGAUCUUCUUAUGAAAUCAAUGAACUUCAAUGGAGUGAAAGAGUUUGACAGCAAUCAAGUCCCAAGCCUGCAUUCACUUGAACCCCCCAACUGCUGGUCUCUGCCUGUGGUGACACUAGGAAGCAUAGCCAUAGCACUCCCGAAUAUAAACCCCAACAGGGUUAAGAAGCUGAUACGCGGGAUCAGGGAAGGCCUAUACCUCGUAGGGCUCAUUGAGAAAACACUCAACAGAGUUAGAGACCCAAAAAGCAUCAGGAAUGCAGCAGACAGGGUGUGGCUGGGGAUCGAGCUUUACGGCCAAUGGGAGAACAAGACUGGGAACCUAAAGGGGACAACAGGGAAGGAGAUCCUGCAGAAGCUCUCAGACGCAGCGAAGAAGACUGUGGUUGAUUUCAUGGCGAGCACUGACAAUUUCUUGAUGCAGAACCCGGUGAACUGGCCGUCUAAAGUGACAGCUGCUAACUCAAUGUACAGGGUGAGCCAGACGAUCUUGAUAUCCCACAACGAUGGGGAUGAUCAGACUAAUGAUGCUUUGUUUGAGAGGCUGUCUGUGAUUAUCUCAGAGAUAUUGGCCGCUUGUCUCACCAAUUUGGUACGUGUGAUAAAUUCCAAGUGUCACAAAAAUGUGGUGAAGGAGAGGCAGGAAUGUACUAGCCAAGCGGCUAUACUUCUAGGGGAGACGCUAGAGGUUCUUGAAAUUCUGCAGCACCGUGAUCUUCCGGGCUUGUGCUCGGAAAAUGCAGCCGAUAUUGAUGAAUGGAGGGCGUUCAUGGAGCACGGGAAUGGGGAUUCACCAAUCAGGAAAUCGGAUGAAGAGCGUGUGUGUAUUGAGAUGGAGGGAUUUGUUGUAGAUGGAUUGUGAUGAAUAUUUGAACCAUAGUUAGACAGUU